GUGGCUCUGUACAGCUAUUCCCUGGGACGCCACCAGUUCGUUCAUUUUGGACAAAGCAGUUGCUAUGUAAACUAUAGAUCAGAGCAAUACUGUAUAGUGGUUUAAGUGAGUGAGUAUGCCAUGGCCUUGGCUAGUACUAUAAACUUUUUUAAAGUAAGUGACUCAGCAUAGAGUCAUAAAGAAGUGCCUUAUCUGGGCCCGGGGAGUGGCAAAUGCAUCUCCAAAUGUGAAGUUCCCAGUGCCCUUAAGUGGGCAGUAGUGCCUCCACUUUGGACAUAGUGAUGUUGGACAGCUGCUGCCCAGUGCUGCGGGAAGGGGUGCUGGAGAAGCGCAGCGGCGGCCUGCUGCAGCUCUGGAAGAAGAAGCGCUGCCUGCUGAGCGAGAAGGGGCUGCGCCUCUUCGAGGCCGGCGGCCGCGGCUCGACGCGCUGCAAGGAGCUCGCCUUCGCGCACGUCAAGGCCGUCGAGUGCGUGGAGUGGAAGCAGCGGCACAUCUACUUCACCGUGGUGACGGACGGCGGCGCCGAGAUCGACUUCCGCUGCUCGCAGGAGGAGCCCAGCUGGAACGCCGACAUCACCCUGGCGCUGGUGCGCUUCAAGAACCAGCAGGCGGUGCAGGUGGUGCGCGCCCGGCACAGCUGCAGGGCCGCAUUUCAAGAAGAGGCAGCCCCAACCGGCCAGCUUCUAGUGAAUGGGUCGAAGGAGGCAGACCCUCAGCUCAACAUGGGGAAGGCAAAGGAGCUGAUGACUGUGAAUGCAACUGCCAAUGGACAGAAGGCAAUUUCCAGCUGCAACUGACUAUGAACCUGUUAGCUAUCUUCUGUGGCAUCCCUGAUAGAAGAUAAGGUGACACCAAAACAUCCAGCAAAAACUGGAUUGCAAAUAUAGCUAGAAUGGGCUUCUGUUUUCCUGCACUGUCCUUGCUGUGACAUUUGCCAGCUCCUGACAAAAUCUCCUGGCACACUGCUGUAGCAUCUGCCUUCAGUAGCUUCAUAUACAGUGAUGCACCUCUGAACUUUGUAGGCUACAUUCAAGUCACAGAUGUAGCACUUGACAGGAGGAUAAGCUGUUGUUUGGUGUUCUAGCAGGCUUGUGCUAGAUGGGCAGUGCUGUAAUGAGCUGAACCAUAAGGAUGAAGGGAGUGAAACUCAUUACUUAAGCUGUGCACACCAGUGACUGCCUGAUGACUUCAGAGCUAAAAGCUAGCAGCCAUCCUUGGUGAACUGAAUAAGUGACCCAGAAGGAGCAACUGUGAGCCUGCCAUUCUAAUUUGAGAAGUCACAUGCUACCAGGAAGAUGUCUGCAGGACUAGAAGCAGAAGCCGAAUAAGAAAUGCAAGCACCUUAAGAAAGAGCCCAUCAAGGGGGUUUUGAUAUGCCCUUAAAUAAGUUGCCUUUUUAGCAUUGUACCUUGACAACCUUCUACUUAGAGCUAGAGAACAAGGAGAGUAUGGACAGAGCUCAGUGAAUCACACCAGUGUCCCACCAGUGCACACCAGUGUGCAUCACUGAAACCUGGUCAAUUGAUCGCAUUAGAUGCAUUAAAUGCUAUUAGCAGGAUCACAGGGAGGGAUGUUGUGAGCAUUAUAAUAGGAAUGCUCAGAAAAGUGAGCAUCCCUAUUUGCAUUCAUGCAAGGAAGAUGAGCAGGGAUCUGCUCUCCUCUGUCUGUGAACUCCACUGCCAUUGACCCCUUCCCUAUUAAUUUACUUUGGGAAACAGUGAAGGGGCCAGUGCAGGAAGAUGGGAAUUCCCUUUGACCUGGCAAACCUUUGUCCAUCAGGACUAGCAGUCCUAGGAACCCCAAAGAAGAAUCCCCCACCUAGAACCAUGCUUUAUCAGGGUUCCUGACCUCAUGGUGAGUUCUAUUCACAUUCAAGUGAAUGCCUGGGGAAGCCUACUGCUGCCAUUCCUGCUCAGCACAGGAAGGUUGGGAGCAGAGACACUGGGCUCAGCCCAUGGGGGACGUUGGAGUGGACCAACGCACAUGGUGUUAUGCUGUAUACAUAGGUUGAUAAUUCCUGCUUAGGCAAAAUGCUUGAAUAGGGCUGAUGUAUAAUAAAGUCCUAGAGUUAGAAGGGAUCUUACAGGUAAUUUGUUAUUUGGGAAAUCUACUGCUAUAAUGCUUUACUAAUGACAUUUCAAGAAAACCAACAACCUAUUUGUCUGCCAUUAGAAAACUGCCUUUACUAUAAUUUCCUAGUUAGGUGCAUGUCAUGGGCAGGUCUUUCCUCUCCCUUGUUUCCUCUCCAGCAGUCUUAGACAAGACUUUAGAAGCACAGUCCUUUUGUUAGAGCUUAGAAGAUGACAAAACAGUAUGAAUCAAAGUAGUGUUCUCUUUGAAAUGCGGGAGAAUUAUCUACCUGUGUGCAGAGUUGAAUCUAAACUGAAUCACCUCCUCCAUCCCUCCCUUUCAGGAGAUUCUGACUCCAUCCUGCUGCUUGAGGGUUAGAUGGCAAGACUGUCAGACACUUCUUAAUUGGUCUGCUCACUUUGCCUGCCGUCUCUCGUCCUCGAUUCUGCCCCUACCCAUUAUGAAAUGUCUCCCUUUUUUCCCAAGUUGGGCUGGUUCUCAUGCUCUGUCUGAGACAGCAAAUCCAUCUGCCCACCUCUGCCUUUUUGCCUACCCCUCAGAAUCAGACAAAUCUGUUUGAGUAGACUAAAAUGCAAGAGCUGGGCCCCCCCUCUAUAGCACAUCACUCUGUAGCUGCCUGACUUUUGUUGAUAACAUGGACCUAUAGCUGUAAAACAGUACGUAAUGAAUCAAAGUACCUGGGAUCACAAAGGGGGGUCAUUUAUCAAGACAGCCUGUGGUGAAAGGAUUGGCCAGUAAUAAAAAUAUGUGUUCUACAUAUUUAGAUGUAUAUUGGUCGAAAUGACCCAUGUUCUGACAAAGAGGAACUGCACCAUGGUAAUAAAAGAGUGGUACAUGCCUCCAA